GCGAAGGGAAACAAUAAUAAAUGGACUUGCUGAUGAAUUUUGAAUAGCAAUGGUCUUGGAGAAACGUCUUCAAAUAUUUAAUUCUAUUCUUGAAUUCAUUACAUAAACAGUUUUAUAAUGUAUUCGAGGGCUCAUUUGAUUAUUGAAAGAGAGCAUAAGAAAUUAGUGGAGGAUCCACCAUGGGUAUGAAAAUGUUGCAUUGAAUUGUAUUGAGACUUAAACUUUAACUCAGUACUGAGAGUGAGAGUGUGAUGACAGUGAUGAGUGUGUCGUGAGUCGUAAGAUAACUAAAUAUUUUAUAAAUAAAGAUAAAAAAGUGUAUACUUUAAAUUAAAUUACUUUUAUGUAAACUUUAUGUAUACUUUGUAUGUAGAAAUGUAUACUUUAAAUUAAAUUAUUUCUGAGUAAAAUACUGAAACAUUUUUUUGAAUAUGAAUGACUCAUUUAGCAAUUAAUCCAAUUUUUAGGUCUUUGCCUAAUUAGUCUAAUGUCAAUGUUUUAUUGAUGUCAAUGAAAAUAAUUAUAUUAACAUUCAUUAAAUAUUUUUUGUCAUUGUGAUGUGUGAAGUGUAGCUACUACUACUAGCCUAGCCUAUAAAUAUAAUCACACAAGAUGAGUUCAAUCAAAUCACAGUAAUAACAGUAAUUAUUUUAAAUCUUAAAUCACCCUCAAUUUAUUAUUUAAUACCCUUUAACUUUGACGUGGGGUACAGAAAAUGAGUAUUGUGUUUAAAUUAUUUUUUUUUCAUACUUUGAAUAUUAAAAUAAAUUUAAUUUUUAAUAACCUAAUUCAUAAGUCUGAUAUUCAUAAUUGCACAAAAUACUUUAAAAAUAUUUAUGAUAUUCUUUUCCAAAAAGGGUAUUGAAGCCUGGCCCUUAUAUGAAGACAGUAUCUUUGAAUGGAUGGCAAAAAUUAAAGGACUUAAAAAUACAGACUGGGAAGGUAUACUAGUGUUUCUUUGGUAGGGUUGCAGAGUCAGACUGAGUCACACAAAAAAAUUAAAAUUCCAGAUAUGUUUAUAAAAAAAUAGAGAGUUCUAUAAUCUCUUCCUCUUUCUGUGUUUUUAAUAUUUUUUGUAGAAUAAUUGUACUAACCUGUGUGUAUAUUAUGUAUAUUUAUAAACAGCACUGCGUUAUGAUUUGUAAAUUUUUCAUUAAACUAAAGAUUUCAGUGAGCAAAAUUCAUAGAUACUAUUUUAACUUGGUAUCAGUAUUAAGAUUGUCCUAUCAUCCUUUAGACUCAAUGAUGGCUGUCCAAACAUGCCAGCUCUCCACCCAUCCCCACUACAGUGUAAAGCAUCCUGGAAGUCUGCUAACCCUUGAAAUAACACCCAUUACUUUUACUUGAACUAGGAUGGGGAUUGUAUGACUCUAACAUGCCUCUUUCCCACUUCAGGAUACAAUAAGUCACCCCAUAUGAGAGUUUCUAAUGUGGGCCAGGGCCUUUCUACAUGAGUCUUAGCAAAAUACUUUUUAAAUUUAAGUUAUAUUGCAAAUAAUAUGGUAACUUAUUUAGUAUUCUAAAAAUAAUUAGGUGUAUGCUUUUUCUUUAAGAUAUAGAUACAGUUUUUUUUUAAAAUCCUUAUAGGUGGAAUUUUCAAAAUCUAUAUUAGAUUUGAUGAACAUUUUAAUAUUCGACCACCUCAGGUUUUCUUUCAAACAAUACCAUUUCAUCCUAACGGUAAGUCAGUUAUUUAUGAUUUAUUUUAAGAUUUAUUUACAAGUUCAGAUUAGAGCUUGUAUUGUUUUCACUCUGCUGGCUUUGAUAUUUUUAUAAAUUGCAUAUCAAUAUAUUCAAGCCUUUCCUUAAUUACAUUUCUUCACUUUUACUUAAAUAUUUUUUUGAGACACUUAUUGAAAAUAAAUAUGUGUGGUAUGUAAUAUUUAUAGUUUAAAAUAACAUGCUAAAAUUUAAAUACAAACUAUUUGAGUAAUAUAUGCUAUAUUUAGUUUACACACUUAUCAAUAUCUACCAGAAUCAUAUGAACGUAUUUUGGGUUAGAAAUCAUGAAAGAUAAUAAAAAAAUUGUACGUUUUUGUUAGUUAAACAUUUUUUAUUCUACUAUUUCUACCGACAAAUGUAGUUGUAUUUGAAAUAGAAAAGAAAAAUUAAUUUAUAUUUUACAGUUGAUGUUACAACAGGACGUCCUUGUGUGGAUUUUCUUGAUGAUAAUCAACAUUGGAAAGAAAGUUACAGUUUUUCUAUGGUUUUGAUUACGCUGCAAGUAUGUUUCUUUACUGUUCAUGGUUAUGGAACUAUUGUGCCUUUUUUAUCAGAACAGAUUAAUUCAUUUAAACUGAGUCUAUUUUAAGGUAAUAUUUUAUUCAUAUUGAAUCUAAAAAUACAAUUUAUAUUAACAUACCAUCCUUAUAUAACACUUAAAAAGUUCGUACAUUUAAUAUAAAUGUCUAAUAUUUCUUUUAUUGAACAUGUGUGUCACAUUACAAUUGAACAAAAAUGGUACAAGUUCUUAUGCAUUCCCACAGGCAUUGAUCUCAAAUCCAGUACUCAAGAAUGCUGUCAACACUGAAGCUGCCCAGAUGUUACAUAACUCUCCACAGUCUUAUCUUCAGAUGGUUAAGGAAUGUGUUAAAGCAAGUCAACUUGUAGAUGGUAAAAAAUGUAUAUUGUUAAGAAGAACAAAUUAUGUGGUACAAAAGUGUUCCAGUAGUCAGAUUAAUUAAAGAAAAUUAAAGAGUUAUUUCAUUUUUAAUUUCUUUACUUUUGAAAAGGAAGAGGAUGAUAGAUAAUUCUUUAUUACUAGUAACCAGUAAGUAGUAAAAAUGAUAUGAAAUGAAUUAUAUUUUUAAAAGUGUUUGUUUUACAUAAUUAACAUCUCAGGAUAAAAAAUAAACAAUUUUUAACAGCUGGAGGGGAGCUUUCAGGAGAUGAAGCACAAAACAGGCAAGAAAUGUCCAAUAUACCACCACAGAGUACAUUUCCACAAAAUAACAGUAACAAGCGUAGGACAAGAUUGUCGUUUGAAGAUUAUCACAGCACAUGGUGUGCUAUUGGCACAUCUAAGCCAAAACAAGAUACAACAAAUUCUUGUAAGAGCUUCUUAUAUCUCAACGUGAAAAAUUUUUUAGUGGUUCUUAUACAAUAGUUAAUUAAGCGUAAAUUUUAUGGACUUUGUAGUGAAAUCAUUGAUAAAAGUGAAGUACAAACAAAAUAACCCCAAGCAGAACAUUUAAAAGUUUUCAUUAAUCAACAAAAAUAUCCUUGUGUGAAAAAAGAUAGCUAGAAAUAAAGAGGAUAUGGUAAUUUCAUAAAAGAUCCAUGGUAAGUUCAUUUAAGGUCCAUUUGAAAAACAUUGUGAUUACUGAAAUAAUAUUUUUUGCUCUCUCAUUUAAUUCAUCGCAGAUAAAAUAUUUAAAUGAAUUUUCGUUUCAUUUCGUUUGUUAAGAGAAUAAUUAAAACAUUUAAAUGUAUCUAAAUAACAAGGAAGCUCUGGAGUGUUAAUUAACCCUUCAGAUGCACUUAUUUUUAGUGAAUUCAGUUUUUUUGUUUUGUUUUUUUUACAUCUGACAAAAAAAAACCCUUUCAGAGAAAAGGGAGGUAAAGCACUGAGCAGUGAAAAAAGAAAGAUCAAUAAAAUGUGUUAGAGAAAUAACUUUCAAUUAAACUUUUCAGAUUUAGACACAAUAAAAGAUCAGGAUCGACUACAGGAGAUUCAUCUUGGUCUGCCUAGGAAAGAAGUGGAGGAGCAUUUAAAAAAACAGAUGGAAGAGUAAUUGGCGUCAAAAUCAUUUUGUUUAUACAUUUUAACCAGAACUAUAAAGUCAUGAAGAUGAAAUCCAGCCUUUUUAGCCAAUCCUUUUUAAAUAUUUGAGUUAAUUGAAAUGUUAAAAAUUGUCCAUUUUGAAAGGUUUCUAUAAAAAUAACUUUUGGUUUCAUCAUUUUUUUGAAUCUGCAAUGGAAAUGAUCCUACAUGGGUUUCAUGUACUAGAAUAUACUCCUCCAGAGUGAUUGAAAUGAAGUGUAAUAUCUAAAGCCCCACUUAAAAUGACAGUUUUAACUUUAAACCAAACAAGACAGUGCCUUUUGCUGUUAGACAUCCAGAUCACUUGAAUUGAUUGAAAGGGAAUUGGGGGGGGGGGGUUGAUAGUUGAUUAAGAUAGUGUAAACCCAGGUUAGUUACAUAGUGUGUACCCAUUUGAAUUAAUAAGAAUAAAUACAGAGUAUAGUAAAUAUUUCAGUAUAGUCAACAUCAGGCACUAAAAUAUAAACAUGAUCAGACUUUACGUUCCAAACAAAGGUUCUGCACUCAACAUUGAGGUUUAUAAGAGUGAGUGAGGGCAUGCUGAUUAGAAGUUCUGUGAUAAAGCAGUCAGGUAGCUUUCUAGCUCUGACAUUAAGGGUUUUAACUUGGCCCUUGAGAGUAGGACAGGAACGAAUGCAGGUGGGCAACAAUAUAAGGCACUUGAUAAGUACUUAAGAGUAAAUGAUGGAAAUCAUAAACUUAGAUCAAGUCUAGGUUUGGGAAGUUAGUUUAGUAGAUCAUGAGCUGUAUUUGCCCAUGCAAUUCAAAGAUUCUUUGAUGCUUUUCUUUAGCCAUAACACAAUGAUGUAUGGAGUAUUUAAAAACAAACCAUCCCUUGACACAAUCAAGGCAGCGAAACUCGCUAAGCUGGAAAAGAUGAAGCAGAUUUAUCUCCCACCUCAAAGGACAACAGGUAGGACUUCUAUUAUGUGUUUCAGGUAUACUGCAUAUAGCCAGUCUCAGUUAUCCAGAUUGUGGAUUAUCCAUAUAUAUAUAUAAAUAUAUAUAUUAUUAUAGUUGACAAUACCAGACCUGUUUACUCUUACGAUUUUGGUGUACAGUACAAUGUACGAUUUAGAGGCAUAUAAUUAUAUAUACUGUAUGUUUAUUUUUUUACUGUUAAGAUAAUGUAUUGAAUGAUUUUGUGAUGAUAUUGUACGAUUUUAAGAGUUUGAGGGUAAACAGGUCUGCAAUACCGCAUGAACAGUCAAUUGGGCUAUAGUGUGGCGCAUGACCAGUCCUGUGGACUGUCUGUGUGCACUGUAUCACCAUGAGGAGCAUGGCGAAACUGAUCAAGAGCUUGCUUGUUGUAUACUGUAUAUAUCAAUAUGUUAGUACUUAAUGUUUUAAAUAAAAACAUAACAAAUGGUGGCCAGUAUUUAGUAAGUACUAUUCAAAGUGAACUGUUGACUAGUACUAGUCUUAUACUUUUACUGUGUAAAUAUACAGACUUCACGUAACUACACGGUAUACAAGUAACAUGGCUGAGACAACUCUGACCCAGAUUUAGCUACUAGAAAUGCUGAGACAGCAAAAUGAAGCGUUGAUUAAAUUUGCAGGAGUGACUAUGUCUUAUCAGAUGAAAUUUGCAGGAGUGACUAUGUCUUAUCAGAUGAAAUUUGCAGGAGUGACUAUGUCUUAUCAGAUGAAAUUUUCAGGAGUGACUAUGUCUUAUCAGAUGAAAUUUGUGAGAUUUCAUCAUAAUGAAGAAUCUUCACAGAUUACUACGCUCAUUAUGAAACAUUUGUGUUAGAAAACACAAUACCAAAAGAAAAGCUCAAAUUUUUCUCAUAAAGCAAACACUGGAGAUUCACAAAUAGCUGUUAACACUGGUCAAACAAAGGGAUAAACAAAAAUAUAUAAAUUCAUUAUCAAUGGAAGAAUUCACUGAUGACGGACCAGUUUAACCCAGCAUAAUUUGCCAUAAACUAAUGAUUUCAAAUCUGGACCGACCCCCUUAGAAAGCCAGGGGAGACAAUUAAAGAAUAAACAUCACAACUUAGACAAGAGGCAGUAACUGUGAUUAUGGUGCACUAAAAAAACCUUCUGGAUGAAGCAAUGAGGACCAGGCUUAUACGCUCAGUCAAACGUGAAGUGAUUGUGAAGAUAUCAUUUAGAAUGAAGGACACAGAAUUGACCUUUAAAAAAGCAGUUGAAAUAGCAGCAGUGGGACCAGAGGAGGCAGCUAAAUGUGCAAAGGAAACAGUCCACCCAUAAGUUCCUGUUAAUAAGGUAAACACCAAAAGUAAUAAAAAAAACACCAUGCAGAACGGUUUUCUAAAUCACAGACAAAUUAUUUCCCAGUUGGAAAUGUGGGGGGAACUUGUGGCAGAUGUGGGGGAAAAUUUCAUAAGGGAAAUGUCUGCAGAUAUAGAGACAUGACAUGCCACAGUUGCCAUAAGAAAACGGAUCUUGAAAGAGUAUGUCUUCUUACACCAAGACAGAAACCAUGUUACCUUAAACCAAUAAGAAGGCAAAAAUAGGUCAAAACAGUCCCGCCAAUAAAUCAGGAACUACUCUUAGAAGGAAGAAAUUUGUAUUUGGAGUGGACACAGGAGCUGGGGAGAAUUUUAUGUCAGAGAAUGUAUGGCAAAAGCUUGGACAGCCAACAUUGAGUUCAGUAUUCAUUAAGUAUGAAUCGGCUCUUGAGGGCCAACUUAAUGUUCUAGGGAGUAUAGAAAUAAAAACUGAUAAAAAUGAAUCAUCUUCAAACACGUGCAUAAAAUACUACAAGUUUUCCAAAUCUUGCACACAAGACAUUUAGAAAUCAAUCCGAUAACAUAUUUAGCCAGAUCAUCUGUAUACUGUCCAGGGCUUGAUGCUCAAAUCAUGGAGCUGGGCAGAACAUGCCAGAGACCCUAAAAAAGCCAGUGACCACCCAUGGAUGCUGACAGAAAAACCAUGGAGUUGAGUGCAAAUGGACCAUGCCAUCAACUUCAAGGGACCACAAUCGCUGUUGAUGAUAGAUGCUUAUUCAAAGUACCUGUAUAUCCACAGGACAACAUCCACAUCAACCAAAGCCCUUGUUGAUCUUCUGGCGGAAGAUUUCAAUAAUUUUGGCUAUACACACACCAUAGUAAGUGAUAAUGCUACUAGCUUCGCCUGGAGAAUUCCAACAGUGGUGAAAAAAUAGGAGUAUGGUACAUCUCGUUGGUGCUCCCUAUUAUCCCUCUAUGAAUGGAUCUGCAGAACGAUUGAUCCAAAGCUUUAAAAGCUCACUUAGGAAAUCCUCAUAACUUUUAAGAGUACUCAUAUAAAAGUAGAAGUUCAGUUUAUAAACUUAUAUGUGACUUUUUCUUAACAAGCACAUCAUUAGGUAGUUAUCUAUUAGUAUUACUAAGGGUAAGCAGGGAAAAAUGAAGCAACUAGUAGCAAUUGACCAAUUGACAUCUUUUGUUGGCAGCUGUGACCCAGGAACAAAGGAUUACAGAGGUGCCUCCGCCAAGUCGCAAUCAUCUGGGUGAAAAUGAUGUGUGGGAAAAUGAAGUGGAUGAACUGGUGAAAUGGACAAACAGCCUGAACUCCAACAGUAUUGAUGCCACGUAAAUAUUGUAUGUGGGUCAAUAGCUGUAAUCUCAUGCUGAAUUUAUUUUUAUUUUUAAUUGGUUUAAUUUUAAUGCUUUUUAAUAUUUCUACCAUGCAUGCAUGGACGUUGUUUGCUAUCUAAGUUGUAAUUUUGUUAAGUAAGGUUUUAUUGACAUUUUAUUACACAAUAAAAAUGAUGCUGUAAAUAAUAUCAUUAAAUAAGAGUUCCUAGAAUAACAUUUUUAAAACUUUGAUAUAUCAUUAAAAAAACACAACUGAUUUAAAUUAAAAUAAUCAGCAGUUUUCUUCAAUAGAUUAAGAAGACAAGAAAUAUAGUUUACUGAAAUAAAAAUUAAAAAAAAGAAAAAAAAAGAUAUAACACUAUAACAAUUUAGAUUUUCUAUCAGAUAUAUUUAUUACUUUUAAAUUGCAACAGUGCAUAUAAUUCUCCCUCGUAUGCACUCAAAUAAAUCCUCAGAUCAUUGACAUAAAAUAUGAUAAAAACAAAGGACACCACUAGCCAUGCUCAAGAUCAGCAUCUUGCAUAAGUACUUUAAUAAAUAAAUUAUGUGAGAAAUCAUUGACCUGAAUUACUUUCUGACAU